AAGAAAAACCCUAGACUCAAAGCCCCGCAGGCCGCAGCCCGAGCCGUCGCGAAGCGUGAAGAAGACAUGGGGCGGCCGUACGCAGUCAAGGGGAAGAAGAAGCGGAAGCUGGAAGGCGGCGAAGCCUCGCGCGCCCCUCCGGUCGACGCCGAGGAGGUGGAGCUAGAGGGCAAGGAAAAUGAGGAGGUGACGGAGGGGGAGGCGGCGCCAGAGGCCUUUGCCGAGGAGGUGGGGGAUGGGAUCCCCAUCGUGCCCCGCCCGCUGGACAGUAAGCGGCGGCCGGGCGCUAUCUUCGUACUUGAGAGGGCCUGCCUCGAGGUCGGCAAAGUCGGCAAGGGUAUGCAAAUCUUGAAUUCGGAUGAUCACGCUAAUUAUUUAAGGAAGCAGAAUCGCAAUCCAGCUGAUUAUAGGCCUGAUAUCAUCCACCAGGCACUACUAGCAAUAUUUGAUAGCCCCCUAACUAAGGCUGGCAGGUUACAAGCUGUUUAUGUUAGGACUGAAAAGGGAGUGUUGUUUGAAAUCAAGCCUCAUGUUCGCAUGCCACGGACGUUCAAGCGUUUCUGUGGUUUGAUGUCACAGUUAUUGCAAAAGCUGAGCAUCACGGCAGUUGGGAAGCGUGAGAAGCUCCUUAAUGUUAUUAAAAAUCCUGUUACCCAGUAUCUACCUGUUGGCACACGGAAGAUUGGCCUUUCAUAUAGUGCGGAGAAGGCAGUUAAUUUGUGUGACUAUGUUGCUAAGUCCAAUGAUGAUGAACCUCUUGUGUUUGUGGUUGGUGCCAUGGCCCAUGGAAAGGUUGACAAGGAAUACUCAGAUGAUUACAUACAGAUUAGCGGUUACCCUCUCAGUGCUGCCUGUUGCCUGAAUCGAAUAUGCAGUGCCUUGGAGCAGAAAUGGAGCAUCCAGUGAAGGGAAGAUUGAAAACGAAUAUUACAGCUUUGUGAUCAGAUUUUUAUGUACCCAUUAGCUCUAAUAGUCUUGUUGUGCCUUUUCAAGUCUUAUAUGUCUACCGUAUUAGUUUUGUCGGAGACAUGAAUCAGUGGCUGUAAAAGUAUUAACAUUGAAUGUUUCAAGUGCUUAUGGUCCUUGCAGUCAAGUCAUUUUUGGUGAAAUUUA